UACAUUUCCAUAUUAUUGUUUCACGCGGUUUUGUAUAAUGUUAUUUAUUUUUUAUUUAUAUGUUUAAAAUUUAUCGCUUAAGGAAAUUUUAUAAAAUGUCAAAAGUAACAAAAGAGAUGUCAAUGAAAGAAGAGGCUUCUUGCAGUGACAAGAAUAAUUGCAUCCUUAAACCUAUAUCGUCAGAAGAUAAAAUAAUCAAUUUGGGAGUAGGUAAAAAUGUUAUUGGACGAAGUAGAGAAACAGGAAUAUGCGAUACUCGAUGUUCAAAGCGCCAGAUAGAAUUAGAUGUUGACAUAGAACAAAAACGUAUAAAACUCAGAGUUUUAGGAUUAAAUCCAAGUGGUGUUAAUGGUCUCGUGGCUAUGCAGGAUGCUGUGUGUGAACUUCAACAUGGUGACUUUCUAGAAAUUGUGUAUGGUAGACACUCAUAUGAAGUUGUUUUUAAAUCAGUUGAAAAAUCAUAUAAUAAAAAUACUUUUCCAACUGAAAAUACUAGCAAAACGAUUAAGAAUGAAAUUGAGGGAUCAUGGGAAUCUGUUGAAAAUGGAAAAGUGAUAAUUUUCUCAAGUGAUGGUGCUAAUUCUUCUGAAAAAAUUGCAGCAUAUGAUAUGGAUGGUACAAUAAUUAAAACAAAGUCUGGAAAUGUGUUCCCAAAACAUAUGGACGAUUGGGAAAUUAUUUACCCAGAAGUUCCGGUUAAAUUAAAACGUCUGCAUCAGGAUGGUUACAAAAUUUGUUUCUUUACAAAUCAAGGAGGCAUUGCUAAAGGAAAAACAAAUCUGGACGAUUUUAAACAAAAAAUUAAAAAAAUAUUAACAAGAUUGGGAGUGCCGGUUCAAGUCUUUAUUGCAAUUUCGGAUGGAUACUACCGGAAGCCAUUACCAGGAAUGUGGGAAUAUUUACAAAAAAAUAAAAACUCAAACAAAGAUAUUGUUAUUGAAAAAUGUUUUUAUGUUGGAGAUGCCGCCGGUCGUCCAGAAACUGGUACUGGAGUUGGAAAAAGAAGAAAGGACCAUUCACUAGCUGAUAGAUUAUUUGCAGCUAAUAUUAAUGUAACAUUUUAUACGCCAGAAGAACAUUUUCUUGGUCAUAAAACUGAACAAUGGAUUAAACAAGAUUUUGUACCCAAGGAAGCGUUUAAAAUAUUACCUUUGUUUGAGCCUGAGGAAACAAAGAUUGGUGUUGCGAAGUGUGAAAUAAUUAUAAUGGUUGGUUUACCUGGAUCAGGUAAAAGUCAUUUUUCUCAUAAACAUUUACUUCCACAUGGAUAUGUUUUAGCAAAUGCUGACACAUUGGGUAGUACAGCCGCUUGUUUGAAAGCGUGUGAAAAUGCACUUAAACAAGCCAAAUCGUGUGUAGUGGACAACACAAAUGUCGACGUCGAGUCACGGAAAAAAUUUAUUGCUUUAGCAAAAAAUGCAAACGUGCCAUGUCGUUGCUUCUUGAUGAAUGUCUCAUUAACUCAAAUACGACAUAACAUUGUCUUUAGACAAUUAACUGACAGUUCGCACUCAAAAAUUAAUGAUAUGGUUUUCAAUAUGAUGAAAAAAAAAUUUAAACCACCAACAUUGGACGAAGGAUUAACGGAUAUUGUAAAGGUUAACUUGAAACCAGAAUUUAAUGAUGCUGAAAAUGAAAGAAUAUAUAAAUUAUUUUUGUUAGAAAAGUAAUUUAUUAAACUUUAUA